AUGCCUAGGGCUCAGAAAAGUAGUCGCAGAAGUCCUGAGAAAUCCUGCGAGGUCUCAGGUAAGACCCAGGAACUCGAGAGUCCUGAGCCAAGUACAAGCAAAGCACAAACAUCCCCCCUUCCGAAAUGCAGGAUGACUACUCGCUCAAGGUCUGCCUGUACAGCACAAACUGUUCCUGAACCACUUGAGAAAGCCUUUUCCUCCAUUGUGCCUGAAGAUGAUUCUCCCACAAGAUCAAAGAAAAAAACCAGAGGCAAAACUAAGGAAAAGCCAUCUCCUCCUCAGAAUCUACUCACCAAGAAGUCUCCUAGAGAUGAUCUAACUAACAUAGCUCAGAUGUUGGUGGAGUUUAUGAUGGAUAAGUUUCUAAUGAAAAAGCCCAUUAUAAAAGAAGAGGUGCUAAAGAUUAUUGACAAAAAGUAUCAGAAAUGCUUUCAGGAAAUCCUGAGAAGAGCUGCUUUCAACAUGGAGGUGGUAUUUGGUAUUGAUUUACAGGAAAUUACUACCCCCAACCCUUCCUAUGUCAUUGUCAACAAAAUGAAUCUCCCUAAUGAUGGCAAAGUCCAUGCUGGCAAGGGUUAUCCCAAAACAGGCCUCCUGAUGAAUAUCCUGGGUGUGAUAUUCAUAAAAGGCAACUGUGUCAGUGAGGAGAAGAUCUGGGAAUUCCUGAAUAAGAUGAAAAUAUAUGAUGGGAAGAAACACUUUCUUUUUGGGGAGCCUAGGAAGCUGAUCACCAAAGAUUUUGUGAAGCUUAAAUACCUAGAGUACCGUAAGGUGCCAAACAGUGAUCCUCCUCACUAUGAGUUCCUGUGGGGCCCAAGAGCCCACACUGAAACCACCAAAAUGAAAAUACUAGAGUUUUGGGCCAGGAUCAAUCGUACAGUCCCCAGUACCUUCAAGUCCUGCUAUGAUGAGGCUUUGAGAGAGGAACAAAAGAGAGUUCGAGGCACCUGUAAAAAAUGA